AUGGAUUUGUUGAAAACGCCCUCUGUCCAAUCUCUGUUGGAUUCUGAUUUGGAAUCGGUUGAAAGUCUUCAGUAUUUGGAUAUUGAAGAGUUAGAUGAAAUUGAAUAUGCACUGCCUGCAAGUGAGGCACCAACUCUAGCUGAAGUAUUAUCUACUGAAGAAGAAGAACCAAAACAUAAAGAACCCAAACUUGUAGAAGAGCCAGCUACUUGUUCUGCCCUCCAAGUAGACUUCCUACAGGGAGUGUCUCAACAACUGCUACAAGCCCAAGAAAGAUCAUCAGCGGGUUCUGCGACAGCCUUGAGCGUUGGGACAGACGCUAAAUUGACUGUUGGAACGGCCCAUGGCCAUUUGCUGUCUUUUCACGACCAAACAUUACGAUGGGUCUGUGAUUCCAACACUGAUCGAGGCGCCGUAUCGUGCUUAGCAUAUAAUCAAGAAUGCACUCGACUGCUUGCAGGCUAUGCAAGAGGCCUUAUAUGCCAGUAUGAAAGCAUACGUGGAACAAUAUUGAGGCGGGUCACCUUAGGAGGUGAGAUAUGGGGCACCUUACGUGUAACAUGGGCCGGUACCUCAGGUCUGGCGCUCGAUACUGGCGGUUCCGUGUGGUUGAUCAAGUUUUCGCGACCACUAGGUGUGCGUUCCGCCCGCACAUCAUGUCUGUUUUCGGGAGCUCGUGGAGAAGUCGUCGCUAUGGCAGCUCGAGAUGCUCGUAUUUUAGCUUUGGCCACACUUUCACGAGUCAUUAUAGUGGCUGGCGGUCGAGCAGCAGGGUUACGUCUUAUAGGUCCUGCCGAUACUCUCCCAGUCUUAGAGUGGAGCGCAACUGAUGAGCAAAUAUUAGUAUGCGGCCGUGCAAAAACAUUACAGUGGCUUUCACUUUCGGUUACUGGAACUAACAUAUCAAUUAGACCAGUACAGCGAGUGGAAUUGAUAUCAAGUCCUCUGUGGCUGGGGUGGCUUGGCGGCAAUCUGGCUGUAUUUGAUGCAGAUGAGAAUUUACGGUUAUGGGGAGAAGACUAUGACAAACCUUUGGAUCUUUCACAUUUCGAACCAGUUUACGCCUCAGCUUUCUUUAAGGGUCAUUGGACAGACGGCCGCGUAUCUCGAGCAAUGUGUACAGCCGGUGUGAGCGCUCUAGGUGGGGCUUGUGUUUCAGAAGGAGCUCUUUCUUUACUCGGUCGCCGUGGAAUUGUCCGCGUACGACCACGUCAUCUCCUUGCCAGGGCACAAGCAUUUUUAUCUUCAGGGCGACAUCUACACGCGUUGCGUUUGCUCUGUUCCACACAAGGAGCCGAAGCAAAGACUCUUGCAAAUCAGUUCAUAAUAAACGUAUCGGAAAGACCGCAGGUAUUGAGCAAUAAACAAAUUGCAGACCAAACUGUCAAAUUGUGCUUGAAGUAUGAUUUAACAGAGGAGUUAUGGAAUCGUUUGUGGGAUCAGUGUUCUAACGAAAAAGCAUUUGUAGAAGCGUUAGGAGAUGCCGCAGUGCGAGGCGAGUUGUCUGCCGCAGGACCGUCUCCGGACUGUACUCAGGCACUCAUCGAAAAACUGGCAGAGUUUGAGCCGGAGCUUGUGGACAGAGUAAUAGCUUCCCUCCCUCUGACGUCACUUGAUCCGCACCGAGCAAGCAUCCUUACACGAGAGAAAGGAUUGUGGCGAGCUGUUGGUGCUAUUGCAGCAGCACUUGGCGGUGGCGGCGGAGCCAUGAGAGAGCUGAUAAAUUACGUGUCGCCUCGCUGCGGGCGCAGGAGCGGCGCGGCGGGGGCGGCGGGGGCGGCGGGCGCGCGCUGCUCGUGCGCGGGCUGCGCGCUCGUCGUGGCGGCCGCCGACGCGCUGGCGGGCCGCGGCGCCGCCGGCCGGGCCUUGCCGCACCACGCGCAGCCCUCCGCCCGACACGACGCUCUGCUGGCACUGCUCGACGAUGAGACUGGCGGAGGUGGUCGUUCUCCUUUGAGAGUAAUGGUAGAACAUGAUGCAUCGGCUGCGGUUAGAUUGCUCGAACAGAGCGCUCGCGACCCUCCAUUCGUAGGACCGCUGGGGAAGCAAAACAGACUCAGAGUUGCACGGACCCUCCUAUCCUUUGCUUAUGAACUACCGGAUCCGGGCGAUCGUGUGGAAGUUUUGGAGUUUUUAACUAUGCAAGUAACUUCAGGUGCUUUACCAACCGAUCAAGAGGUUAUUCAUCGUUUACGAGAACUUGCAUCAAAAACAAACUGUGAAAGAGCAGAUCGCGCUUGGCUUUUAUUGUUAAAUAAGGGUCGCAUUCAACGGGAUUUACUCGAAGACCAGUACAUCGUAGCGGAAAAUAGACCACGGGUGCUUUGGCACAUAGAUGCCUUAUUAGAGCGCCAUGGGAAUGCACUUGAAGAGUUUUUUAAAAUAGCCACACCAUCGAGCACAGACGUAGACGAGCUAUUUGAAUACCUUCGGCCGUUGAUUGACUCUACAGAUGAAACGAAGAGGCAUCUAGAGAAGCAUCUACCGGCACUUAUCAAACUUCGUCCCAAAGCUGCCGCCGGUCUCGCGGGUGAUCACUUGGCCGACUCCUGCCUCUCCGUCCUUCGCGCGGCCUCCAGCGUCGAGGUGGUGGAGCUCGGGCAAUGUCUACUGGAAGCCGGGCGACUCUCGGGUGACGCCGCCGCCGCGCAUUUUAGAAAUCUAUGCCGGCUGCGACCGAACGACGUGCGAGCUUUUAUGGCCGAAAACAUCGGGCUACUGCGACCCGAAGAGGCGCUGACCAUCGUACGCGAGGAGGGGCCGCCGGAGGCCGAGCCGUCGUGUCUCGAGGCCGUGGGCGAUCCCGGCGCGGCGCUCGACGCUAUUUUGCGUCUCGCGGCGUCCGUCGACGAGCGCGAGGCUUCCGUCCUCCUGGGCGAGGGCGCCGAGCUCUGCGCCCGGGCCGCAGCCGCUCUGCCGCCCGGGGACGCGGCCGAACUGUGGACGCGCCUCCUGAGUCGAGCGCGGGCGCCUCCACCCGCCUUGCUGCUCGAGGCCGCGGCCUACUUGCCCGUGGCUCAAAUGUUGGAGGGCGCGUGCGAGUCGCCGCGAGCGGCGCUGGCGUUGCUGACGUGCGCGGCCCUCCGCCGCAUAGCGUGGAGCGCUGCGGCGCGGGCGACGGCGCGCGAGGCGCACGAGCGGCUGGCGCGCGCGCUGGCGGCGGCGCGGCGCGGCCUGGCGGUGCGCGGGCGCUGCGUGCGCUGCGGCCGGCGCCUGGCCGAGCGGCCCGUGCGCACGGGCCAUUGCGCGCGCGCCACGCACGUGGAGUGCGAGGCGGAGGGGAGCUGCGGCGCGUGCGGACGACGCGUGCCCUCCGCUUCGGUGACGUUGGCCUCUCGAGCUCCGCGGCACCGAGAAUCACCGCCGCCUCACGACUUCGAACUUUAUUUAGUAGCCCCGCCGCGUCCCGAUCUCGAAGGAUCGAUUUGA